AUGACAAAGAAAAGGCAUAAGAAUGGUCACACUAAGAAAGGCCGCGGCCAUGUGCAGUCUAUUCACUGCACGAACUGCGCCGGCUGCAAGCCCGAAGACAAGGCCGUGAACAAAUUCGUAAUAGAAAACACAGUGGCGACCGCAGCCGUCAGAGACAUUUCUGAAGCAAAUCAGUGCAUCCGCGCUUCCCAAGCUGUACGCAAAGCAAAGCUCCAUCAUUGUGUGAGCUGUGCCAUUCACAGCAGGGUGGUCACGAACUGGUCAUGCGAAGUCAGUGAGGACCAAACUCACCCCACCGAUCCGCCUCGUUUGAGACCUGUAGGUCCCGCCCCACGACCUCCUGCAAAGCCUAGGUAA